GUCAUCAUUCUGCGUCAAAAGGAGACUCCAUAGCACAACAGUCAUGUGGUGAAAAAGCAUGAUAUCUUUAACAGAGACCACCGAGGAACAGUCUGAGCUCCCGUUCAACUUCGUCCCGCAGCUCUUUCACCUGCACAAGGACCACGACCUGUUUGAGGAUGGAGACGUCCACAGACACAUGUAUCUGCAAGACCUGUACUGUGUUUCAGAGGCAGAGGACAAGUCAACACCCAGCAUAUCGCAGUUUGCCUGUCACAUCUCCGGCUGCAGCGCCGUCUUCAGCGUGCUGGAGGAGUACGAGCACCAUUACAACUCCUUGCACAGACAUGUUUGCUGCUCCUGCCGUCGUUCUCUGCCAAGUGCUCGGCUCCUUGAUGUUCACAUUCAGGAGUGGCAUGACUCUCUCUUCACUAUCCUUGCCCAGACACAAGACAUGUACCAGUGUUUGGUCGAGGGCUGUGGUCAGAAGUUCAGGACUAAUAAAGACAGGAAAGACCACCUGGUAAUGAUUCACAAGUAUCCUCCUGACUUCAGAUUUGACAAACCCAAAAAGGACAGGCGAACCCAUGAGACAAAGAAACCACAGCAGAUAGAGACAGCCAUGGAGGUGGUAGAUGAUACGUGCGGGUCUGAGAGAGUGCACGAUGGGCUGUCUGACCAGCAGGAGCUCGGAGAAUCCAUGGAGACGCAUGUCUCCGAGGAAGAAGCUGCUCAGAACUAUGCUGCUGCUGCUGCCGCCGCUGCCGGGGGCGACGCAGGACUUUCUGCUGCACUUCACAGCAACAAGCAUGCAAACAGCGAGAUGCCAAAACCACAGUACUCCUACAGAGUCCCUACGACUGUGUGCUUUGGUCACGGAUCUGUCCGAGGCUUCAGAGGACGACGGGGAAGGAGAAAAUGAAACUUCACCGUGAUUGUCUCUUUUAAAUAUGUAUAAAUACCCUUGUUUUUGCGAGUGAAUGUAUAUAAUGUCAUCUGUGGCUUUUAAACUUAAAUUAAAAUAGCUUUUGGAAAAUAA